AUGGAUCAGAUUCGUGCCCACCAAGUUGAGGAUGACAAUUUGAGAGCAAUUUGGUAUAAGGUGUUGAGAGGUGAAGCCAAGUCGGUGACUUUUGAUCCCGAGGGAAUUUUGAGGAUUUGUGGCCGUAUUUGUGUUCCUGGAGUUGGUGGUUGGGUGCGUAUGAUAUUAGAGGAUGCUCAUUGUUCGAAAUACUCUAUUCACCCAAGGGCAACAAAAAUGUGCCACGAUUUGAAGCAACAUUAUUGGUGGUGUGGUAUGAAAAAAGAUAUUGUGGACUUUGUUUUCAAGUGCUUGAACUGUCAACAAGUGAAGUAUGAGCAUCAGAUACCGGGCGAGCAAUUUUCUAGGAUCUACAUUCGUGAAUUUGUUCGGUUGCAUGGACUGCCCAUUUCUAUUGUGCCUGAUAGAGGUGCACAAUUCACCUCUCAUUUUUGGAGUCAUAUGGAGGAUCAUAAGGGUACAAAGCUUGAUAAAGGUGCACAUCCUUCUGCAAAUGGGGCAGGAAUUCACUUGCAUGAGCCAUUGAUUGAUGCAAUCAAAGUGAAAGGUGUGGUGACAGUCAGUGCUUCCAAUAAUCUGCCCAUCAGAGAAGCCAUCCUACAAAAUCAAGAAAACAAUUGA